CUAUCCUCAGGUAUAUGUAUCAUGUUUUAACGAAGAACACAAUAGUUACUGAUCUGAAUCGCAAUUUGUUAGUGGAGACGAUUCGCUUAAUCACAGAAAUUCUCAUUUGGGGAGAUCAGAAUGACAGCUCUGUUUUUGACUUCUUUCUGGAAAAGAAUAUGUUCGUCUUCUUUUUGAAUAUUUUGCGGCAGAAGUCUGGGCGCUAUGUCUGCGGGCAGCUUCUUCAGACUCUGAACAUCCUGUUUGAGAAUAUAACCCACGAGACCUCUUUAUAUUACUUGCUGUCUAACAACCAUGUGAAUUCCAUCAUCGUGCACAAGUUUGACUUUUCGGAUGAAGAGAUCAUGGCUUAUUAUAUUUACUUCCUGAAAACGCUGUCUCUGAAACUCAACAAUCACACUGUGCAUUUUUUUUACAAUGAGCUGGACAUAUUUAUAUUUUGCAGUGCUACAGAUUUGUGUUUGCCCACUGAUAGUCCUCUGUACACGACUGUAACUGAUAGCCCUCUGUACACGACUGUAACUGAUAGUCCUCUGUACACGACUGUAACUGAUAGCCCUCUGUACACGACG